UGAUCAAACCAGACGCGCGAAAACACGGUUAAACCACAAUCAUUAGACUCAAACGGACGGCUAUAAACUCCCCGUCUCAUCCCCCCACUGGUCAUCGCAAUCACAUCAGUCGAUGCCGGAGUAAUUACACGCACUUUCGUGACAUCGCCACCAAACCUGACCCGAGCGAGGAAGAACGAAGAAGCAACCAGAAGAAGGCGCGAGCGUCUCGACCUCGAUCGACUCCUCAGCGGCACUCCUCAGCUCCCUCUGACCAGCAAAACCCGACGGGGACCCGGAGGAGGCGCGGCGAUGGCGGGGAGAGCCUAGGCGCGGAGCAGGGGGGCAUGGCUUCGUCGAGGGUGAUGGCAUCGUCGUCGUCUCCGUCGCACACGGCCUCGGAUCUCUCGCGCUUCGCGACGGCCGCCGCCGGCAGGCCCGGUGGCAGCGGGCUCGGGUCCAUGAACGUGGAGGAGCUCCUCCGCGGCAUCUACGGCGACAUCCCCACGCCGGCGCCCGCCGACCGGCCGAUGUCGCCCGUACGCCCGGCGCAGGAGACCGCCGCGCGGCGGACCGCGGAUGAGGUGUGGAAGGAGAUCACCGGCGGUGGUAGUGGGGAGGAGGAGGAGGUGGAGGUAGCCCCCGCGGGCCCGGCCGCCGCCGCCGUCGUCCCUGGCGCGGUAGGCGGGGCCUCGGAGAUGACGCUGGAGGACUUCCUGGCGAGGGAGAGCGCGGCCAAGGAGGAUGCCGUUCGGGUUUCCGGCCCUUCCGCGCCGUUGGAGGAGCAGGUGGCCAUGGGGUUUCUCAACGGGCCAGAUGGUGCGCGGGGUGGCGGCGGCGGGAGGGGGAGGAAGAGGCAACAGAUGGAUCCCAUGGACCGUGCAGCGAUGCAACGGCAGAAGCGGAUGAUCAAAAACCGCGAGUCGGCGGCAAGGUCACGAGAGAGAAAGCAGGCCUAUAUAGCUGAGCUCGAGUCGUUGGUCUCACAGCUCGAAGAGGAGAAUGCCCACCUGUCGAGAGAACAGGAGGAGCAAAACGAGAAACGGCUCAAAGAGGCUGUGCAGGUGCUUGCAAAGGCUAUGGAGUCACGGCUGAUCUCUUCAGGCGUUCGCAUGGCUGAGCGCCUGUUAUGCUCUGAACAAGUCUCGAUCUCCAGAAUGAUUUGCUGAAGAAUUGGUGCAUUCUGUAGCGUUGCUGGAAGAAGCUGAACAUGAAGUUGUAGUCAUUUCUUCCAGUUUGUUCUCGCAGAAUGUUGGUGCAUCGAAAGCUGUAUUUGAGUGGGGUGUAAUCUUUCUAAGUCGUUGUGUUAAAUUCUAACUUAUGUACGACAUUUGUUUCCUUUAAUGAAACCGGAAGGAUGCCCUCUGCCUUAAAAAAAAA